CAAACAUUCAGGUGGUUGUGCGGGUUCCCCCGCUGUAGAUACGGUUACAGACCCACCCCUUGGAUGGGGUAUAUAAGACAGGUAAAGGGGAGGCUAAGGUAUCCAGCUCAUCCUCCAAAGCUCCGUUAUUCCAAACUCCUCUUAUAAUAUCUACAGCGCCGACAUGAGCUUCUCCAGCCGAAGUCUUGCUCAGUCCAUGCGUUUCGGAGGGGUGGGCUCUGGGGUACACCGGGCCCGCAGUGUCGCAGGAGGUGCUGGCAGCGUCAGAAUGUCCUCCGUAAGUGCCAGCUCGGUCAGCUCUGGCACCGGAGUGGGGUUUUACGCCCAGGAAAGUGUGGUCUUACAAAACAACGGCAAAGAGGUCAUGCAGAACCUGAACGAUCGCCUGGCUUCCUACUUGGAACGAGUUCAUUCGCUGGAGAAAGCCAACGGUGAGCUGGAACUUAAAAUCCGUGAGUUUUAUGAGAGGAAAGCUGCCAGCGGGAAACAGGAUUUCACACACUACUAUGACGCCAUCAACCAGCUGAGCGCCCAGAUCCUCAAUGCCUCCAUUGAUAACGCCAGGCUGGUCCUGCAGAUCGAUAAUGCCAAACUGGCUGCGGACGACUUCAAAAUGAAGUAUGAGUCCGAGCACGCCAUGAGGUUUGGCGUGGAUAGUGACAUUGCGGGCCUACGAAAGGCACUGGAUGAGCUGACUAUUAACAGGUCAGACUUGGAGCUAGAGAUCGAAGGCUUGAAAGAAGAGCUCGUUUUUCUGAAGAAGAACCAUGAAGAGGAACUCUUGAAUGUGAAGGAUCAGGUCGGAGGUAAUGUUAACGUGGAACUGGAUUCUGCCCCACCGGUCGACCUGUCGAAGAUCCUUGCAGAAGUGAGGGAACAGUACGAGACUAUGGUCGAGAGGAACCGUCAAGAAGUAGAGAUGUGGCACAGAUCUCAGUGUGACAAUCUGAAUAAGGAAGUCGCAAACAACGAUUUUGCUCUCCAGACAUCAAAAACAGAGGUCACAGAAAUGAAACGCACCGUACAGAGCCUACAAAUCGAGCUUCAGUCUCUCCAGCAUAUGAAACACGCAAUGGAGGACACGUUAUCGGAGACAGAGGCUCGGUACGGAGCUGAACUGGAGCGUCUGCAAGCGUUGAUCUCUCAGAUUGAGCUGGAUCUUCAAAACGUGAGGUCUGACUCAGAGCAUCACUCUCUGGAGUACCAACGGCUCUUGGAUGCCAAAACCAGACUGGAGAUGGAGAUCGCCACCUACAGGCGCCUGCUGGAAGGAGAGGAUUCCAGCUUCUUGACAGUCCAGCCAACACAAACACAGAAAGCUGUCAUCAGCAAAGAAACCAUCACGUCUUCCAGCAUCAAAAAGGUGAAGACCGUAGUAGAAGAAAUUGUGGAUGGAAAAGUUGUAUCGGCAAAGGUCGAGGAAAUGGUUGAAAAGUCAUAAACAAUGGGAUUUAGAAAAUUUAGACAGUCGGUGGAUGGAGGUUAUGGAGAAAACUAGAAUAAACCAUUAGUGGAUCUCAUUGACCACAGCAUCAACGGUCCAGCUCAGCUAAUACCCAAGAGUGUAGGAUUUUCGGUACAUCCAUAUAUAACUGCUGGUCAUUAAUUUUGGGGAAGAACACGCCUAAGCUACCAUUGCUCAUUGGAAGAGAUAACUAAGUUCUUCUAGGUGUUCCUUGAUCUAUCUUCAUUAGCAGUAGAAACAUAUGGGAACCCACCACGGGUGUUUAUUGUCCUGGUUUUAAGAUGCUGUAACAUAACAACACGCCAAAAAUAAAGAAUUUAUUGUUGCA